UGGAUAUUGAUGGAGCCUAUAAUAACGUAUUGAUAGAAAAACUGACUGUGACUUUAGACGAAUUUGGCUUUGGUAAAAAACUAUGUCAAUAUAUAUGGAAUUAUUUGAGUGAAAGGCACCUCAAAAUUCAGGAUAGUGUAGAUAAGAGGACCUAUUUUUCCCGAUCUGCGUAUAAAGGUUUAGCUCAAGGUGACCCAAUGUCACCGAUACUAUUUAAUAUUGUAACAGCUAAAAUUUUUCAUAGAGUAGUUAAUGUUUCAUUAUGUCAAUAUGCGGAUGACUUUGUUUUAUUUAGUACAAAUAAAGACAUAUUUGAAAGUGUUAGCAAGUUACAGGGAGCAUUAAUUAUAUUUAAUGAGUUGUUAAAUGAUAUGGGAUUGGAGCUAUCUGUUAAAAAAUCAAAAUUUUGUAUAUUUAGUAGGGGUCAUAGAAGACAACGAGUAGAAUUAAAAGUGGACACUUUUUCUUUAGAGUUGGUAGAAGUUUAUAAAUAUUUAGGUUUAUGGUUAGACAAAUCCUUACGUUGGGGUAAGCACAUCGGCGAGACGGUCAUAAAAGUGCAAAAAUGUUUUAAUUUGCUUAAUGUUUUGGCUGGAUCAUCCUGGGGCGUUCACACUAAACAUUUGCGUCAAAUUUAUUUAGCUUUGAUACGAAGUCGUAUAGAUUAUGGAUCCUUCAUAUAUGACAAUGCCGCAAAAUGUCAUUUAAUUAAAUUAGAUAGGUUACAAAAUCAGGCUUUGAGAAUAACAGGGGGCUUUAUAAAGACUACUCCAAUUCACGUUAUGGAGAGUGAGCUGUGUAUUCCACCGUUAAAGCAACGGAGGAGAGAUUGGAAAGAAUACUUCGACAAAAUGUCAUUAGAAAAAGGAAUAUGGUAUCGAACGUUGCAGAGUGAGCCUCCUCAUAUACCUUGGAGCAGCUGUACACGAAUGAAAAGGAAAUAUGUAGUGUUGGCCCACAGGCUUAGAUCAGGGCACAUUCCAGGCAACAAAUUCGGAUUUCUUAUGGGAAAAACAUCUUCUCCAAAUUGUGACUCCUGUGGAGUCAUAGAUGAUGUAUAUCAUUGGUUGGUGGAAUGUGUCCGAUUCCAAUCAGGAAGAGACCGUCUGGUUGAAUUAUUAAACUUGAAGAGAUUGCAAGUUGGUGUCUUUAAUAGCUUAUUAGCUAAUCCAAAUUCUGACGGAGCUUGCAAUCUCUUUAGAUGGUUUAUGAUAGGAUAGGUUUGUAGGAUAAGAUGGAAUUGUAUAUAUAGAUAGAAUUGUAGGAUAAGAUAGGGUACAAUUAGGCUGACAUGCAUAAAUGUAAAAGCCUAUAAAUAAAGGAUUAAAAAAAAAAAAAAAAAAAAAAA